AUGCCCUUGUCCACCUUCGUCUGCAAUUGUCUUUUGCUGUCUGCUGCAAUUUGCAGUUGUCUGCCACUGUCUGCCAUUGUUUGCCGUCAACUUCUACAUUGCUGCAUACUAUUCCACAUUGAUGCACAUUGUUCUGGUACUGUUCUGCACUAUUUUGGUACUGCCCAGUACUGUUUCACACUAUUUGAGUACUGUUCAACACUGGUUCUGGUACUGUUUCACACUGUUCUGUAUUUUGUCGAUAUUGUUUGGUGCUGUUUUGCUAUUGUUUGGCUUUCCUUUAUGUCCAAGGUUUUCUAUUAUCUUGCCAUCGCCGAAGCCAAAGAGUUGUACCAUGAACUACAUGCUUUGGAUAGAUUUGAACAAGAUGUGCAGCGGAAGUUUGAGGAUGAUGAUGAUAAGGGUGAUGGCAUUGCAUUCUUGAGGGCGGAAAUUAAAAGUCAAAAGAAGCAAGUUAGACAUUUAAAGAAAAAAUCACUCUGGUCUAGAAGUUUGGAGGAGGUUAUGGAGAAGCUUGUAGAUAUUGUCCAUUUUUUGCAUUUGGAGAUAGGAAAUGCCUUUGGCAAUACAGAUAGCCACAAACCAUUAACUGGACACACGAGCAAUCGCCAAAGACUGGGCCCUGCAGGCCUUGCUUUGCAUUAUGCUAAUAUAGUGCUUCAAAUUGAUACUAUUGUUGCUAGGUCCUCUGUGCCUACAAAUACAAAGGAUGCAUUAUAUCACAGCUUGCCUCCUAAUAUGAAAUUAGCUCUGCGCUCCAAAUUACCAUCCCUUUGUGUUGUAGAAGAGUUAACUGUAGCUGAUAUAACUGAUGAGAUGGAGAAAACAUUACAAUGGUUGGCCCCCAUGGCCACUAAUACAUCCAAAGCACAUCAUGGCUUUGGUUGGGUAGGGGAGUGGGCAAAUACAGGCUCUGAGGUAAACAGGAAGAGUAGUGUAAUGCGGGUUGAGACAUUCCACCAUGCAGAUAAAGACAAAGUGGAGUAUUAUAUUCUUGAACUUCUUCUAUGGCUUCAUCGCUUGGUCAUCAGAAGUAAGGCGGGCAAUGAUGCUGGCAAUGUAAGGCCUGCCAUCAAGACUGCUGGCGCUGGUUUGCAAAAGUCAAAUGAGCAGUCUACAAAUGUAGUAUUCUCACUGUUGACAACGGACGAGGAAAACAUGCUGCAGGAUGUAAAUAUGAAAAUACCAAUUAGGCGGAUCAGUAAAAGCUUGGAUUUUGGCAGUGCGAAUAUUAGAUUCAGGGAGAACUGCAGAUUGACCAAGAGUAGAAGUCAUUCAUCAGGUAAAAGCAAGGAAAUAUAUUUUAACCGGCUUUUGUCUAAGCUUCCAUUGAUUGAUUUUGAUAUUGACAAAGAAAGAGCUUUGAACGUGAUCGACAGACUGGAUGUGAUAAGGUAA